AUGGCGGCAGCCAGGUACAGGUACUGUACAAGUGGAAAAGUCCCAAAGAGGUUUACAGCCCGGUCCUGGCCAGCACGACUUGGGGGGGCGUGCGAAGUGCUGUCAAUGGCCAAGGUGGAGUGGGGG